ACCACCAAGUUGGACCGGAAACAUCACUGCUGACCGUCAUUGGGACUGGCGCUUCCAAAUGUUGUUUUUUUUCCUUUUCAGGACAGAGACAUAAUUCUCACCAUGUCAUACUCAAAUAAGGAAAUUCUUGAACGUGCCCGAGAGGUGCAGAAGAAAAGCGAGGAUGGUGUAUUUGAGGGAGUUAAGUACUUCACACUCGGCAUCGUUCCAGACCAGCCACGGAUGUUCCACAAGAUCAAACAUGUAGAAUUGGGUAACAAUGACGUCAUCCUGGACGGUUACCCCAGGUCUGGGAAUCACUGGAUGUUUGAGGUCGCCGGGGGGGUCAUGAAUCAGGACAUUGGAAAUGAGAAACAUCAUUUUCUUUUUCGACUUUUGGAGUUCAUGGGCGAUGACGUUGAGUCCCGCAUACACAACUUUCCAGCUCCUAGAAUGAUCAGUUCACAUCUGUGGCCAAGGCAUCUUCCCGAAAUAAUUCGACAGGGUAACGUCAAAAUAGUCUACAUUCUGAGAAAUCCAAAAGAUUCACUGGCGUCGUGGUAUCGCCUGAUGGCAGACCUGAGGUUGCCCUAUGGUUUCGCAGGAACCUGGGAAGAGUGCUUUGAGCUUUCGGUGAGUCUAUAGGAGUGAUAAGUUCUUUGGCCUUUUGGCGAGUCUUUCUUUCUAUAUUUCUAGGCGUUGUCCGUCUACUGCAGGAUGUGGUCCUCCAACAUCGACCUCCACUCUGUUUUAUCAGCUGUUUUCUGCGUCCAGGUCUUACCCAUCUGCUCUUUGAUGUCGUCCUGUCAUCU